CCAUACCAUGCUAUAUAAACAAGCCUUCGCCCAUAUCGCGCACUCUCAGUACUGAGUAGUAUCGGGCUUGGAUCUAUCACAUUCUUAACUCAGGCUGAUUUGUGAGCCUUUGACUACCGUCAGUCUACUUUCGCUAACUCGCAGGCAUGGGUAGCCAGUGGAUCAACUCUGAUAAUCUUGACCUCUUUCAAGAACCGGCUGACACGCUGUACACCAGCAAAGGCAAUACACAGGGACUGGCUGACAAUGUUACAGACAACCGAGUGCCCAGCUACAUUCGAGGAGAACUGCAGCUUCCCCGAAGGAAACUCGCUCCACCACCUCAUGCUACCACCGCCACUGCCCGGCCCAUCGUGCAUGCCAACAUCGUCACGCCUGGACGCACGGUCUCUACAAGCGGUAUCCCUACUGCGGCCCGCACACGCUCGAGCAGUCACCCCUCGCGUCCGGUUCUAUCCAGUCUGCCGACCCGUUCCAAUGGUCCUGCCGGAACUCCUGCGGCCGCGUCUUGCACCCCGCGAACUGGCACUCCCCCAGUGAUGAGAUGCCACCGGUGUAAGAAGCUGCUGGAUGACAGCCCGCUCAUCUGGAAUAACUACCCAGGAGUACGGCCCGGUAGUGCGCCCAAGACCACGAGAUGGCAUUCCUGGUGCCUUUUGGGGCUGGUUGCUGAGGACACGCUGGGACUCUUUCCCCGGAAAGAUACUCCCAAGAGUGAAACUGUCGCGGCGAAAAUUUUCAAGCGCUUUUUCGGUGGUAUGGAGGGUUCUGCAUGAAGCGAUGCUGGCUCGGUUGGACUAGACUCUUAGAUUGGUGCUCUUAGAUGUGACUCUUACUUAGAUUGUGAUUCUGCG